AGCGUAUAAAAGAGGGCCACUCGUUGACGAAAUCCUUCAGCACUCAGCUUCAUUUCUACUGCGACAUUCUCUCACUGAUACCUCAAUGGCCUUUUCAGCUCUGUUCACCCUUGCCAUUGCCGCGGUCGUUUCUGUGGCUCAGGCACAGUCUCUUACCGUCGUCAAUUCCUGCAGCGAGUCCGUCUUCCUGUUCACCCAGAACAGCUAUGGCACCAUAGACAACGACGUCACGGUUGCCGCUGGUGCAUCCGUCGACAUGGGCAUUAGCUCCAACUGGGACGGUGCCAUCAACGUCGGCACCGGCUGCAACAGUGACGGGUCCAGUUGCACGACCGGCGGACCUACUUGGAACGGUGUUACGCCGUUCAGCCGUGCAGAGUUCAAUUUCUGGGCAAUCCCUGGGAGUGUCACAUACGACAUCUCUCUCAUAUACGGUUAUAGUGUGGGGAUGAUGAUCUCUUCCGCUGACGCGAGCUGCGACGCGUUUGCGUGUACAAUCACAGGUUGCCCUGUCCCCGGACCCGGAGAUGACACUUGUUACUCGCCCUGCUGCUCUUCCGCUUCAGCGUGCGCCAAUGGUGCCCUUCCCCUCGGCGGAGGUGGUUGUACCAACAACGCUGGCCCAGGUCCUAACAGCCCAUUCUACUACAACAGUUGCUUCAAUGCGUACGCGUUUCCUGACAACGACGGUGCUGAUGGGUACACUCCCGCCGACUUUGUCGACUACACCUGUGGAAACACUGACAUUACCCUUACUCUCUGCCCCGGUACUACUUCUCACUAUACUGCGUGA